AUGGCCAUGAUCGGACGUGCCGACCACAUCUGGGGCGCUGACGACGGCGAGGAGGAGCCUGGCCAUGAACAGCUGGACCGAGAGUGGCGGGCACGGCGUGAGGAGCACUUCAGCGGCGGGUACAGGGAGGGGCUGGAGGCGGGCAAGCAUGAGACGGUGCAGGAGGGGUUUGACGAAGGGUAUCGCCUGGGGGCGGCGGCCGGCUUUGAGUGCGGCGCAGCCCGCGGCGCAGCGGCGACGCUGCGCGCGCUGGCGCCGCGCCUGCCCGCAGACCUGCGCAGCAGGCUGCAGGAGGUGGAGCAGGAGCAGGGCCAGGGCGGGCAGCAGCUUGCAGACAUGCCGUACCAGCAGCUGCAGCAGCAGCCUUGCGACGGGUAG